UUCAUGGGAUGAGACUGCUAGACGUAAGCGUGACACCCAAUCCCCUUUUGAUCAUGUUGUCUGCACACCGAACAUUAUCCACACUUCGACUUGCGUACCGUGGCUUUUGUCUUGGACUUACAAUAACUCAUUAAUGUUCACUGUGGCUCCUAACACAUCUUCCACUAUUACCUUACCUAUGAAGAGUUUAAAGGGUUUUCAAAAUGGCCACCCCGCCCUCUGGUUCCAGUGAAGAGGCUGUGUUUUUUGCUAAGCGAGUGACUUUGAAAAACCAAGGCACGAGCCUCCUUUUGACCUUUGCACUUCCUGAUGGCCAAAUUCGGCCUCCAAAUGCCACUUUGUUUAACACUUCCUGUUGGGGGUUUCAGUUGUGGGCUUGGUCCUCCGGUGUUGAUCCUCAUUUCCCUGUCGUAAUCUGCAUUAACAAAACUAUGUCAGUGGCCGACCGUCCCGGUAUGAAUAAUUAUACUAAAACAGCUGGAGUGAGGAUCACGAGUGUGCUCCUCACUGAUAUAGAUAGCUAUUUCAUGGCCUCCACAGGAAUAAGUGGUCAGACGAACAACUGGCUUCUUAUGACUGAACAAGCCGCAAAGAUGGCUAACACCAGUUGCGUCGUGUGUAUGGGACCAAGACCCCUUUUAAAAAUUAUACCUGCAAACGUUGUUCCAAAGUGUGCUGUUGUUUUAAUGUUGAACUCAUCCAUACCACCUACUCAUGAUUGUUUUAUAUGGGAUAGGAUUUAUCCAGUUUCUCCCAUGACGAAAAAUAAACCCCUUUUUUCUUCCACUGUAGCUAAGGGUACUUACACGUGCAUCAAGCUGCCUGGUACCGGUGUGAAGCUGGGUGCUCUAGCUGCACCAAUGUGUGCUUCCUUGAUAGAUGUUACCGCCCCUUUUUUGCCCAUUGCUCGUAGUGAUAUUUGGUUUUGGUGUAAUAGUAACAAACUUUAUGAUGGGUUGCCUUUGAAUAGCUCUGGAGUUUGCGCUUUGGUGACCCUUUUGCUUCCUGUUCAAUUGAUACCCAUGACUCCUUAUGAUCUGGGAUCUUUUGUUAAGUCUAUGGUACCCAAAUUCUGGUUAAGAACGAAGCGAAUCGCUGAAUGGCAGGGCGCGACAGAUCCAACGUACAUAGAUGCCAUUGGUGUUCCUAGAGGAGUACCGGAUGAGUAUAAGCUGGUGAAUCAGAUAGCAGCUGGUUUUGAAUCCGCCCUGUGUUGGUGGUGCACUCUUAACAAAAAUGUCGACAGGAUCAAUUACAUCCAUUACAACGUGCAGAGGCUUGGAAAUUGGACCGAGGCGGGUUUUAAGGCGGUCCACUCCCAACUGGCCGCUACUUCCCUCAUGGCUUUCCAAAACCGAAUGGCCCUUGACAUGCUACUCUCAAAAGAGGGCGGCGUCUGCGCCAUGUUUGGGGAGCAAUGCUGCACGUUUAUUCCAAAUAAUACUGCCGCUGAUGGAAGCCUGUCCCAGGCUCUUGAGGGCCUGAGGACCUUGAAUGGGAAAAUGAAGGAACACAGUGGAGUGAACACGGAGGUUUGGAACAACUGGCUAAAUGUGUUCGGAAAAUACCGUACCCUGGUUUCCUCGAUCCUAGUCUCCCUUGCCGUUUUUUCUGCUGUUUUGACCUUGUGUGGAUGUUGUUGUAUUCCGUGUCUCCGGUCUCUAAUUAACAGAUUAAUUACAACUGCUAUCUCUCCAGCAGCUGAGACUUUUCCGUUGCUCCAAGGGGACGACUUUGUGACUGACGAGGGUUGUCUCUCUAGCAAUGGCUCCAUCUUUGAAGCUUCUGUGGUAAACCUGUCCAAAUUGUUUCCCGACUCUGACAUUGAAUAUUAAGGCUCAAUCUCCUCCCGAGUGUAAAUUUGUUCUUAUGAAUUGUGAUCCUACGGCCGAAAAUCUUUUUGAAGUGGCCGCUUUUAGGUGAUAAGAUGGUCUCUGAGAACUUAUGAUAAACAGGAGGGAAUUGUUGGAAAA